GACGAGGUGAAGCCCCCGGGACGCCAGUCAGUGCGCGCUAGGCUGGGGAGCUGGCUGGUUGGGCAGGAGCUCUUAGUCAGAAUAUGGACGUUAACACCAGCGGUCCUCCGGACCUCUUGGGGCACUUUGAGUCUUUACUCCGACCCGAAGGGGGACAAGGGCUAUCAGAUCUGAUGCCCGACGGUGGCACCGAGCCUCCCUCCAGCUCCUGGUCCCCGCAACUGAUGCACGAUUCAACCGAAGUGGCGACGACGUCCAGCCCGACGUCCACCUGGGACGGGGCUACGGACAAUGCCUCGGGCUGCGUGGUGGAACAGGUCAACUUCGGCCAAGCCGAGAAAGUUCUGAUCGGUUCGGUCCUGACGCUGAUCACCCUGCUGACCAUCGCCGGCAACUGCCUGGUGGUCAUCUCGGUGUGCUUCGUCAAGAAGCUCCGCCAGCCCUCCAACUACCUGAUCGUGUCCCUGGCUCUGGCCGACCUCUCGGUCGCCUUGGCCGUCAUGCCGUUUGUUAGUAUCACCGACCUCAUAGGGGGAAAGUGGAUCUUUGGCCACUUCUUCUGCAAUGUCUUCAUCGCCAUGGACGUGAUGUGCUGCACUGCCUCGAUCAUGACUCUGUGCGUGAUCAGCAUCGACAGGUACCUGGGAAUCACCCGGCCCCUCACCUACCCCGUGAGACAGAGUGGAAAAUGCAUGGCGAAGAUCAUCCUGGCCGUGUGGCUGCUGUCUGCCUCCAUCACUCUCCCCCCGCUGUUCGGAUGGGCCCAGAACGUGAACGACAACAAAGUCUGCCUGAUCAGCCAGGAUUUCGGCUACACCAUCUACUCCACCGCCGUGGCGUUCUACAUCCCCAUGACCGUGAUGCUCGUCAUGUACUUCCAGAUCUACCGUGCCGCCAAGAAGAGCGCCGCCAAGCACCGAUUCCGUGGCUUCCCCCAGCGCUCCGUGGAAGACCCCGAGCCCGAAACCGUCAUCUCCAUCAAUAGCUCCAUGCGCCUGAAGGAGGGAGAGGAGGGCAGCAACCUGGCCCGGAUGAUCAGGCAGGAACGGAGGAAUAUCUCUAUCUUCAAGCGUGAGCAGAAGGCCGCUACUACCCUGGGGAUCAUCGUUGGCGCUUUCACCAUCUGCUGGCUGCCCUUCUUCGUGCUGUCCACCGCCCGACCCUUCAUCUGCGGCACCACCUGUAGUUGCAUCCCGAUGUGGCUGGAGCGCACUUUCCUGUGGCUGGGCUAUGCCAACUCUCUGAUCAACCCGUUCAUCUACGCCUUCUUCAACCGCGACCUGAGGACCACCUACCGCAGCCUGCUGAAGUGCCAGUACCGUAACAUCAACCGUAAGCUGUCUGCUGCAGGCAUGCAUGAGGCCCUGAGGCUGGCGGAGAGGCCUGAGCGCCCCGAAUAUGUGCUGUAAGAGGUAUAACCUACUACAGUCGCUACUUAUCAUCAGAAAGAAGAAUUGCGAAAAUAACCAAGGCGAGACAUCGGCGGAAACAGAACCCAACCACGUGCUGAGAUUGCAGGCUGGAAUGCAGCUUCCAUCAUUUCGUGGAAUGGCUAAUACAUGACAAGCAGAGUGAUCUGUUGUACAGUCUAUUACGAGGGAGAGUGACAACCUCUCCUUUUCCCCCCUGUGAACCAGUGCUAUUAUGUGCAAAUGAAUAUAGUGCUCAGUUUAAGACAGCUCGAUCAUCCCAGCAGUAGGCACGAACAGAGCUGGAUUCCGGAAAGGAAACAGUUUCUGGUGCUUUGCAUAUGUUUAAGUCCGUGCAAGUGGAAGAAAGUUCCAAUGCACACUUCCAUGCUUUUGAGUCUAGACAUUGUGGUGAAUAUUCAGGAAUCAUUCAUGAGGCAGAAUGCAUUUUGUUGUGUGGCAAAGGGUUUUUCCCUCCCAAACUACAGUGAGUAUAGUGUUGAAUAUGUUGCAUGUCCUGUUAGAAAACAGAACCCAGUCCUAACUAUUACAAAUGAUGUCCCCGAGCAGUGUGUGUUUAAAACUUUUGUCAAAUAGUUCGGCUUCCCUGCAGGGCCCCUGUGACUUCCCCACCAGUGUAAUUUCUUGUUAACUCACUUAUUGUUAUGGUGUAACUCAGGAAGAGUUCUCAGGAUAGAAAGACUCAUAAAAACCAGAAUAGAGGUUUUUCUUGGGCUCACACUUCUUCUGAGGGGUCCUGAGAGGUGGAGAGGAUGCCUUCUGUGAGGUGUUUAACUUGGAUAGGGAGUGAGUGCCUACCUAACCGCAUUGUACGCCUUGUAUAUUGCUAUGGUUACCGCUACAGAACUUUUGACUAUCAUAUACAUAAGAGUGCAGAGGGGCCACUGGCUGGUUCCCAACUGUUUGUUAUUUGGAAGGACUAGGGAAACAGUGAGGUUUCCAUGAAAGACUGUGAUGUGUCUUGAGGAUGAGCAUUCACAGGUGAAUUCUCGUUGAGCAGCAUUGUAUGAAGCAGCGUUUCGUGGCGCAGAGGCUUCUGGGGCCACAGUUGGGCAGUGCUGUAGAACACCAUUCUGUCUGUUCUAGAGAAUUGACUGUUGUGUUUCUCUGUAUCCUAAAUCAGAUAUGUGCCUGGUUAAUUGUGCUUUUUCUCUCCCCCAAAGAUGGCAGACGCUCAGGUCAGGUCAACAGGAAAGGUCCCUUUGCUGGUAGUAAUUACAAAAAAAAAAGAAGGAAACACAAAAGGUGGCAUGAUUUCAUAAGUGUGGAAGCUAGGAGCUAAGGAGACAGAAAGAUGGUAGAUCAGAAAAGAAGAGGACUUGGAGGGGGAAAAUUAAAUGCAAGCCUUCAUUUGAUAAAAGAGAACUGAGAGUAUUUAUUAUUUUCCUACAGUAAAUGAAGCAGGUUCCUCACGGGAUAAUGUGGAAUUGCAACGUGGAUUAUGAACUUAUUUCAACUUUCAUUGACAUUGCUUCCUGCCAGACUCUGGGAAGGGUCCGCCUCUCCUGAAAAGGGAGGUGGACGCUGUCCUUUCAGACAAAGCUUGUGCAAAUCCUUGAGCCGCAGAUUUCUUAAAGUGACUGUAUGUACCUAUACUCUAUAACUUAAAUGGUUAAAUAUGAUCAGAUAAAUGUUGUAAAACUUGAAUAUGUUUUAUUAUAUUACACUAAUAAGUAAGUAGGAAAUAAAGAAACAAAUAAAGAAAUAAAGAAACAAAUAAAGAAAUAAAGAAGCAAAUAAAGAA